UAUUUUUCUCAGACAAAAAGUGAGACAUCACUUGGGAUCACGCUUCUUGUGCGGGAACCAGAAUCGUGAAGACCAGCUUACUCCUCACGUUAGGCAGUUCAAAACCCGGCAGAGCGGCGGGAAGCACCCCCUGGAUACCCAGCCAGCCUCAGGAUACCAACGCAGAGGACGCAGAGCCGUUAGCAACGACGUAACACCCGGCCCGAACGUCACGAAAAGGAGUGACGCACAACUCGCGCAGGCUAGAGCGCCUGCGAGGCUCCGCCCACCCGGCGUUUGAGCCCGCGAGCAUUGCGGAAGAGGCGUGGCCCAGAGCGAGAAGAGCACAUUGCGCAUGCGCCUCUGGGUUCUGCCCUGUGAACCAACUAGCAAUCUCGCGAGGCUUGCAAGUAGGUGGUGUAGGUAGUUGUCCAGGAUGCUGUUGAGAUAGAUGUUAAGGCCAGGGAAGAGGAGGAGGAGAAGGCAGUUCUCUGGCUCAGUCUCUGUUUCGCUUUCCUUUCCCUUCCCGCUACCCUCCAAGUCAGCCCGCCCCCCGACCUCCGUAACCCGGUUAACUCCGCCCAUCAGCGACGAGGUUCCCGCCGUGUGGAACCGGAGCCCCGCGGAAGAGGACGACCGGAGGGCCGGCUGAGGCCCGCGGCGAGGCGGGCUGCUUCCGGGGCCUCCCGCUCCCUCCUCGGUGCGUAACGACCUCGGCGCCAGGGCUCCGCUGCCCCGCGUCCCUGCCGCCGGCCCGGGCCCCGCGGGUGACGCAGACGGAAGAUCAUGUCGACCGCGGCGGAGCCUCCACCGCCCCCACCUCCCGAGAGCGCGCCUUCCAAGCCCGCCGCCCCGGCCAGCGGCGCGAGCUCCAGCAGCAACAAAGGCGGCUUCGAGGGCGCCGCGGCCCCGGCGGUUCCUGCUGCAUCCGGCGCCGGCCCCGCGGACGCGGAGGUGGAGGGAGUGUUUGAUGAUGCAUCACCUGGAAAGCAAAAAGAAACCCAGGAGCCGGAUCCCACCUAUGAAGAAAAAAUGCAAACUGAUCGAGCAAAUAGAUUUGAGUAUUUAUUAAAGCAGACAGAGCUGUUUGCACAUUUCAUUCAGCCUGCUGCUCAGAAGACUCCGACCUCACCUUUGAAGAUGAAACCAGGGCGCCCACGAAUAAAAAAGGAUGAGAAACAGAACUUGCUCUCAGUUGGCGAUUACCGACACCGUAGAACAGAGCAAGAGGAGGAUGAAGAACUCUUAACAGAAAGCUCCAAAGCAACGAAUAUUUGCACUCGAUUUGAAGACUCUCCAUCAUAUGUGAAAUGGGGUAAGCUGAGGGAUUACCAGGUCCGAGGAUUGAAUUGGCUCAUUUCUUUGUAUGAGAAUGGCAUCAAUGGUAUCCUGGCCGAUGAGAUGGGCCUGGGAAAGACUCUUCAAACAAUUUCUCUUCUUGGGUACAUGAAACACUAUAGAAACAUUCCCGGUCCUCAUAUGGUUUUGGUUCCUAAGUCUACAUUACACAACUGGAUGAGUGAAUUCAAGAGAUGGGUGCCAACCCUUAGAUCUGUUUGCUUGAUAGGCGAUAAAGAACAAAGAGACUUUGAUUCCUGGUUUGAUACAAACAACUGCCUUGGGGAUCAAAAGCUAGUAGAGAGGCUUCAUAUGGUUUUGCGUCCGUUCCUGCUCCGUCGAAUCAAGGCUGAUGUUGAGAAAAGUUUGCCUCCAAAGAAGGAAGUGAAGAUCUACGUGGGGCUCAGCAAGAUGCAGAGGGAAUGGUACACCCGGAUAUUAAUGAAGGACAUCGAUAUCCUGAACUCAGCAGGGAAGAUGGACAAGAUGCGGUUGUUGAACAUCUUGAUGCAGCUGAGAAAGUGCUGUAAUCAUCCGUACCUGUUUGAUGGAGCUGAACCCGGUCCACCUUACACAACAGAUAUGCAUCUAGUGACCAACAGUGGCAAAAUGGUGGUGUUAGACAAGUUGCUCCCUAAACUAAAAGAACAAGGCUCUCGUGUGCUCAUCUUCAGCCAGAUGACGAGAGUGCUGGACAUUCUAGAAGAUUACUGCAUGUGGAGGAACUACGAGUACUGUAGGUUGGAUGGACAGACGCCCCAUGAUGAGAGACAGGAUUCUAUCAAUGCCUACAAUGAACCAAACAGCACAAAGUUUGUUUUCAUGUUAAGCACCCGUGCGGGUGGUCUUGGCAUCAAUCUUGCCACUGCUGAUGUAGUAAUUUUAUAUGAUUCAGACUGGAAUCCCCAGGUCGAUCUGCAGGCCAUGGACCGAGCACAUAGAAUUGGGCAAACCAAGACGGUCAGAGUGUUCCGCUUUAUAACUGAUAACACAGUAGAAGAAAGAAUAGUGGAACGCGCAGAGAUGAAACUCAGGCUGGAUUCAAUUGUCAUUCAACAAGGGAGGCUUGUGGAUCAGAAUCUUAACAAAAUUGGGAAGGACGAAAUGCUUCAAAUGAUUCGCCAUGGGGCGACACAUGUGUUUGCCUCAAAGGAAAGUGAGAUCACUGAUGAGGAUAUCGACGGCAUUUUGGAAAGGGGCGCGAAGAAGACUGCCGAGAUGAAUGAAAAGCUCUCCAAAAUGGGUGAGAGCUCCCUUCGAAAUUUCACAAUGGAUACAGAGUCAAGUGUGUACAACUUUGAAGGAGAAGACUACAGAGAAAAACAAAAGAUUGCAUUCACUGAGUGGAUUGAACCACCCAAACGCGAGAGAAAAGCAAACUAUGCUGUUGAUGCAUAUUUCAGAGAAGCUCUUCGUGUCAGUGAACCUAAAGCACCCAAGGCUCCUCGACCUCCAAAACAACCCAAUGUUCAGGAUUUUCAGUUCUUUCCCCCACGUUUAUUUGAAUUACUGGAAAAAGAAAUUCUGUAUUACAGAAAAACUAUUGGGUACAAGGUACCUCGAAGUCCUGAUCUUCCUAAUGCAGCACAAGCACAGAAAGAAGAGCAGCUGAAAAUUGAUGAAGCAGAACCCCUGAACGACGAGGAGUUAGAGGAAAAAGAGAAGCUUCUGACACAGGGAUUUACCAAUUGGAAUAAGAGAGACUUUAACCAGUUUAUUAAAGCUAAUGAGAAGUGGGGCCGUGAUGAUAUUGAAAAUAUAGCAAGAGAAGUGGAAGGGAAAACUCCUGAAGAAGUCAUUGAAUAUUCAGCUGUGUUCUGGGAAAGAUGCAAUGAGCUCCAGGACAUAGAGAAGAUCAUGGCUCAGAUUGAGAGGGGAGAGGCGAGGAUUCAAAGAAGAAUAAGCAUCAAAAAAGCACUGGAUACAAAGAUCGGACGGUACAAAGCACCUUUUCAUCAGCUCCGAAUAUCCUAUGGUACUAACAAAGGAAAAAACUACACAGAAGAGGAGGAUCGCUUCUUGAUUUGUAUGCUGCACAAGCUUGGAUUUGACAAAGAAAAUGUGUAUGAUGAAUUGCGACAGUGUAUCCGCAACUCUCCUCAGUUCAGAUUCGAUUGGUUUCUGAAGUCCAGAACUGCAAUGGAGCUCCAGAGGAGGUGUAACACUUUAAUUACAUUGAUUGAAAGAGAAAACAUGGAACUAGAAGAAAAGGAGAAGGCAGAGAAAAAGAAACGAGGACCAAAGCCUGCAACACAGAAGCGUAAAAUGGACGGAGCACCUGAUGGUCGAGGAAGGAAAAAGAAGCUAAAACUAUGAAUGCGUAUUUGUUUCAUAAUCACUAACUUUCAAACAGUAGUUCUUUAAUUUACGGGUCUUCAUAAGAUGUACUGUACAAUGCUCAAUGUUACGUCACUCAGAGACACCAGGUCCAUCUGUUUACUGAGCUAGAGCUAUAGUAUGUACUUUCACUUUUUUAAAUGGAACAGCUGUGCUGAAAUUUUUUUUAUCAUUAACACUUGAAGUAAUAAAAUAGGCUUCAUUUAUUAAUCAAUGUUUGUUUUGAUUUAUUUUUCUAUUAGUUUCAUUUGUGAAAGUUGUGACUUUUGUUUAUCAGCCAUCUUUUUUGCUGUCCUAAGGCUUAAAAACAAGCAAACAAGUAAAAAAUUGCAAAUAACAGCCCUUCAGUCUUCAUUAGUUAUCUGAUUGUUCCAGUUCACUUUGCCUUCGCAGAAAUUGGGGUAUUUUCUUUGUAGUACGGUUGAGUCUCAUCAGGAAAGAUUAUGUAAAUUGAAUUCAUGAUUAUUAUCAAAUAGGGGAAAGGCAAAACAAAUUAUACCUAAUUUCUGUGCAUACAUGUGUUAAUGCUUUCUGUUUCUGUGGUUACUUCUGAAAUGAAUUUGCCCUUUUAUGUUGGAAGAAUGGCCUUUUAGUUGUAAUAGCCAAAGACUUUUUAGUAUUUUCUUGUUCUUUAAAGUGUAACAUUUUGUAAAAGGAAUUUUUUUUAAGUAUGUGGUAAAUAUUUUGACAAAUAACCUUCUCAAGCAGCCAUGACUUAGAAGGAUGUCAGAAGGAAAAUGAUUUUUUUUCUUAUAGGAAGACCCACCCAAAAUAAGGUGUGAAUUUGUCAUGCUAUUAAAAUCAGUAACAACUUGUAUCCCCUCCCAGUUUAUAGUAUUUUUGAGUUAGUAGAAUAAAUGAAAAUUUUAUUUUAUUAUGUUUUAAAAUAAUUUCUGGAUACUAGCAGCAAAACCCGAGAACAAAUCCAGUUUUUAUCUUCUAGGGAACAGAAUUCACAAACCGGAGACCCAGAGCGGGACUCCCCAGCUGUAGGCAGGGCUCUAGCUGUGCCAGGAGCCUUCGUGCGCUCCGCGUAACGUGUAUAAAGUUUUAUAUGUGCACAUUGGGUAAGCAGCUCCAUUUUUCUAAGGGAAUGCAAUAAAUGUAGCGUCGUGAAUAAAUAUAAC